AUCGGAGCGUAUGCAUAAGUUUUCAAUGUUGGAAUUUGUUAAUACAAAAAUUACAUGGAUGUUAAAAUUAAGCAAACAUUUAAACCUUAUUCAGCAGUGACUGAUUACAUUUCGUUCACGAAGGAAUAUUAUAUUUGUUUUUUAAAAUGACAUGUAUAUCUUUCAAAUUUUAAGAUCGGGAAAUAAUCAGUAUUGCUUCCAAAAAUGUCAAUUAAGUGUUACACCAAAUAAAGAAAAUUCAAGAAAAUGUAUGUAAAAAUGCCUCGUUGCGAUUAAAAAAUAACUUCACAUUCGGAUUGAAUUAUAUUUUGUAUACAAAUGUCACGUAUGAAAAUAAAACAGGUUCUAUUUGCGAUUUUGGGGGCAGUUUUAAUUAUCAUCAUCUGUAAAGAUCAGUAUAUCAACCAUCAAUUUGAUCUUGUUAAAUUGUGGUUAAAUGCACCAAAGGAAAAAUUCAUAUGGACACCUACGAAACUUCAUUCAGUUCAAACGGAGAUGAUGCUACAUUUUGCUUCUCAAGCAAGGAGACACCUUGUAAGAUUUGCUCAAAAUAUCAACACCCUGUCUUUGCAGAACUACGUGAAUAGUACUCUAUCGGAUGUAAGCGCCUUAUUAGAAGUCAAUGAAAAUAUGUUCCGUUCCUUAGAAGAAAAAUUCUCAUCUACGCAGAUCGAGCUUAAACUGCAAGACGUUGUACAUAUGUCGCUAUCAUCUGCAAUGAUAGGAAAUGAUCGGUUGCCGAUAAACACAGACUCUCAAAGGGAACUUGUACAAAGUUAUCGCGAAAAAGGAUAUUAUUAUUUUGCCGAGUUUGUUCUCAAAAGAUGUGAAGGUUUAAAGGAAUUGUCUGCAAAACAUUUUGGAAUAAUGCAACCGUUACAACAUGUGUGCAAGAAGCUUCAUAAACUACAGACUGAGAUCGCAAAGGAAAUGCUAGAAGAACAAAUCAGACAACAGAUGUGCAAUGAAUGGAAUAAACAAAUGUCACGUGAGCUGCAGAGUGUGGUCCAACAUGAUCUGAAUCAAUACCAGGAGUCUCCCCAAUGUAACUCAACCAGAAUAUUGACGUGUUUACAUGAGUUAAGGACAGGCUUCGGAAGUUUCAUACAUAGGACCCAUACUUGUUUGGUUGCUGCUCUUCUCUCGCAAAGAGUAUUGGUUAUAGAUGCUAAGAACCCUUCAUUUAUUCCGAAUGAUUUUGAAAGUUAUUCUAAUUUGAAACAUAGGCAACAGUGGCCGUGUUCAAUUUCAAAUUCAAAGGUCAUUGAAAAUGAGAAGGACUUUGAAUUGUAUGCUUCAUUUAAAGAACUGACGAAGCACGCAAAGGGAGAUGGAAUCCCAAAUCCAAUGGAAAUUCCAAGUCAUUUGGCCAACAAAUUGAUUUCCUUCAACAAACAACCUUCCGCAUGGUGGAUUGGAUUUAUGGCAGAAUACAUGCUAGGAAAUGAUACACUUUCGAGAAUUGUCCAGGACGCCAGGCAGACAAUGCCGUUUUCAUCUCCAGUAGUCGGGGUGCAUGUAAGAAGAACUGACAAGAUUGGUACUGAGGCUAAGUUCCAUGCAUUAGAAGAAUACAUGAACCAUGUUGCUGAUUGGUACAGUGCAUACGAGGCAGUUAACGGUCGUGUAGAGCGGAAGGUUUACUUGGCUGCGGACAGCGUCAAGGUUCUCGAUGAAGCCGAACAAAAAUACCCUGAGUUUGUGUUUCUGUUCAACAAAACCAUCACACAGUAUUCCACUGAUGAGAAAACACGAACGUCAACAAAAAUGGCAUUAUAUGGAAUUGUUCAAGACACAGUUUUGUUGUCAAGAUGCGACUAUCUCGUGUGUACCAUGAGUUCCAAUGUUUGUCGAUUGGCGUAUGAACUAAUGCACGUACAUCACGGGGACGCUUUCAACAGAGUGGUUUCCUUAGAUGUUGACUGGUUUUAUUCUUCAAUUAUAUAUACUGCAAUGAUGUCCCAUAGUUAUCCAGUGUACAGGGAAAUAAGUUUUAAGGUAGGUGACGUCAUCAUACUGGACACCGACAAGCAGAGUCAAGUUCAGGAAAAGGGAUUUAUUAUUGGCAAGAAUAGAAGGACCGGACAAGUUGGAUUAGUGCCAAAAUACAAGAUUGUUGAAGUCAAUGUACAAAGACAAUACCCGCAUCAAUAAGUGUUGCCAUGGAAAUUUUCUAUAUUACAUGUUGAAAGUUGAAACACAGUCUAUUCGAUCACAUGCUUUCUUCUGCUCACAUAUUGGAGAAUAUUCAACAACAACAAAUUAGUAAAUACUCUUGUAUUUCCUUUAUUUAUUUUUCUCUUUUUUUUGGCAUGAAAACUGUCUCAUUUUUAAACUGAUGAAAAUAACAUCCAGUGCUUAACUUUCAUUGCGACAGCAAUUUAAACAUGGAUAAAGUAGUGUAAUGACAGCAAUCCUUAUAGUAGGCUGCACUUAUUCGACGAUCAAAAAUAACAAUUAUGGUAUUCAUGCCUUACUUAUAUAACUUACUUUCACACAUUUUAAGACUAGUAAGAGUAAUUUAUCAUUUAAUCUUUUCAAAAUAAUGGGUCAGGUGUAAAUUUGAACCACUUAAAGCCGAUAAUAAAAUUGUAGUGACUUUGACAUGACAUAUGAUUAAAAUUGUUAAUAACACAAAGAACUUUUGUAAACAACUGACACUAUGGAUUGAAUUAUUCGUCAAUAUAAUUGAAGCAGUAUCAAACAGAUCUGCAAAUGUGGCACCGGUCAUUAUGUUAAGUGUAGGUGGUGGAAUAAAGAUAUUUCCGUUUCAGAACUUCGGCUUAACAAGGAAUAACAUGGCGGCCUUCAUUGCUUCAAUGCCCGUAUUGCUGAUAAAGAAUUUUAUUUUUCUGUAUUUAAUAAUGUUAUUUUAUAUGUGUAAAAAAAGACUGUUUCUAAAACAAUUACAAUUUAAUCUUUCUUAACUUGUUACAAUCUAAAACUUAUGAGUAUAUGAAUAAUGAGAAGUGCAUUUUACAAUUUUAAAAAUAACUCACGAACACAAA